AUGGCGACUGGCUUGAACCGCGAGAGGCGUCGGCGGCGCAAGACAGCACAGGAGGAGCGCAUCUGUCCCAUUUGCUCCCAGUCGUUUAAAAAGGCAGAGCACCUGGCUCGCCAUUUUCGGACACACACCAAGGAGAGACCAUUUAUUUGCGUGAAUUGCGGCAAGUUCUUCGCGAGACAGGACACCCUUCUACGCCAUUCUAGGUCUCAUCACCGGAAUACGAACGACUGCAGUAAUGUGCUAGCAAGCAAUGCCUCUUGUCAAGAUGACCCUUCCCAGCAGAACGUACAUAUAGCCCCUUUGACUUCGUCCGAGCAUACUAUAUCUAUGGCAGAACAGGAGCCGCCACAUCCGCAAUGCCCACUGCUCACCAACGAGCCGGAUUUGACAAUAACCACCUCUCCUACACACUCGCCGGAAAACUUGCCGAUUGACGCUACCUUCGACACUGACUUUUUCCCAGAUGGUGGCGGUGACAUCUUUCAGCCCCAAACUACCGGGCCCGCAUUAUGGAACUGCUUGUGGGAGACCGAUUGGAUCUCGUGGCUAGAGGGAUCCGAUUUUACUAUUGGCGAUUUCAAUCUGACCUUACCUAUAAUAGGAAGCACAGAACAGUUAGACACCCCCAUGACUACCAACAUGAGCGCCUCGGAUUCUAUCCAACGCGGAUGGCAUACCUUCUCUGAGGCAACCAUAUCCUCAAGGGAGGACACCCCGGAUUCCACUACUAGCAGCAGUGGAUUGGCCGGUGACAUUCAAACCCACGCAGAUGACGCGUACAGGAAAAAGCUAGCAGAGACUCUGCAGCAGCGAGUACAGCAGCCAGAUAGCUUACCCUCCGCCACUUUCUUGGACCUUUGCAUCCGGGCUUACUUUACCCACUUCCAUCCAAUCUUUCCGUUGAUCCAUGCAGCGACAUUUCAGCCUUCUAAACAGAACGCGGUGCUACUUCUCUCCAUCUGCUCUAUCGGGAGCCUUUGCCUCGGAUCGGCGAGAGCUGUUGCCCGUGGCAUUAGCAUGUUUGAGUGCCUGAAUAAGGCUAUGCUGGCAUCGUGGGACACCUACAUAUCCGCAAGGGGUUCUCUCCGAAUCUUUGGUCUGCAAGCUGCUUUGAUCGGUCAGACGUUUGGUCUGUUGGUUGGGAGACCGAAAGACCUGACUGGGAGCGAGACUUUCCAUGGAUGCCUCAUUGCGUGGGCACGCAAAGCUGGUCUAUUCAAGCUGCAAGGCGAAAAUGACAUCGCAGCCGAGAUUCGAGAAAUUGCUGACGACAGCCCAGCCCUCAACACUGCAUGGAAGGCUUGGAGCCGCUCAGAGGAGAAGAGAAGAGUUAUCCUAGCCAUUCACAUCCACGACGCAGAGCUCACCAACCUGCACCACCACGAGCCAAUCCUCCGCCAUACCUCAGAGAGCCUCCCCUGCGUAUCCCCUCCCGAACUGUUCACAGCACCCAACGCCCGCACCUGGAAAUGCCUUCUUCUAAACUCCACAGCACCACCCCGUGAUACGGCAACCCCAUCCCACACCACAGAGGCAGUCACACGACUGCCUCUCAACCGCCUCGCAGCGAACGACUUUCUCUCGUACGGCCUCCUUGAAGGCAUCGGGACCUGGAUCCACGAACACCGAGCUCCCGUCAGUGUCCACCAAUGCGAAUCCCUCCUGGCAACGUGGUACCGACAAUUCAAGCAGUCGUGCGAUCCGACGAAGCCUGACCCAUUCUGCCAAAUGAUCCUUUGGCACGCCGUAUCCAUGCGCCUCUACGCCCGCUUUGACGAGCUCGAGUGUGCCUUGGGCAGGGAGGGCCUGCGCGCCGCCCAAGAAGCCUCGGGCUACGCGGCAGCCUGGGCGGGCUCACUCGACGCCAAACGCUGUUUGCUCCAUGCAGUGUUACUACAGCGACAAUUCCAGGCAAUGAAUAUUGGGGUGGAGCCAGCUAUACAUGUUCCUAUGGCCCUGUAUUACUGUGGGAUUGCGUGGGCCUCGUUUACGCGCUUUGGGACUGGGGAUGGCGUGUCAAAUUUGGGUGUUAAUUUUCCGGAAUUCAGAAUACUGGGCUUGGAUCAGGGUCAGCUAUUCCGUGAAGCUAUGAGAGGGGUCCAGUGGGGAAUGACGGCCUCAGGUCCGUUUUCCAUGAUAAUCAGCUUGCUGGGGAAGAUUGGCCAUUGGAAGGUUGCGGAGAGAUUUGCGGGAACUUUGUUGCGGUUGCAGGAUGUGCUUUGA